CUUAUGUGGAGCGGAGUGAUCGUGGGGAGGCCGGGCCUCGCUGGUACCGACAGAAACAGAACUUUGGAACUUUAUUCUGGACUUUGGCAGAAACGGGACCGGGUUUUAUGAUGAGGGUUGUCCCGGGUUCCCCCCCGGAGUGCUCCGGCCGCUCGACCUCGGCUCUCGGCGGUUUCCGGAGCUUCCGGAUGAACAGAUAGCUUCACUUGUUGCUAAAGUAGCCGCUAGCUUAGCUUAGCUUAGCGGUCCUGUUAGCCGACUCUACCCGGACUGUGAGCUCGGAGCCCCGGGGACGUGUUGGUGUUCACACCGCUAACAGGAGCUUUGGGUCUCGGGCCCGGGGCGGGGAGCGGAUCCGGGAUGGGCACCAGAACCGGAGUCGGGCGCGCGGGCAACGGAACCGGAAUCAGCAGCCUGAACACCGGAGCAGCAGCCUCAGAGUCCGACGGAGUCCAGUUUGACGACAGGGAGUACACCACCGAGGUGAUCUACAGCGGCUCGGACCAGGACCAGGACCAGGACUCGGACUCCGGGGACGACGAGGACACGGCGGGUUCAGGCGGGGACCGGAGAGGCGUGAAGCGAGAGAGGAGGGAGCGGGGGGUCCGCCAUCAGUCCGCCGCCUCCGGGGGCCUGAGCAGGGGCUACGGAGGGGUCAGCCCCGUGGCCCCUGGAGCCAAACCCGGUAAGAAGACCAGAGGAAGGGUCAAGAUCAAGAUGGAGUUCAUAGACAACAAACUGAGGCGGUACACGACCUUCAGCAAGAGGAAGACCGGGAUCAUGAAGAAGGCGUACGAGCUGUCCACGCUGACCGGGACUCAGGUGUUGCUGCUGGUCGCCAGCGAGACGGGUCACGUGUACACCUUCGCCACCAGGAAGCUGCAGCCCAUGAUCACGUCGGAGACGGGCAAAGCUCUGAUCCAGACCUGCCUCAACUCUCCGGACUCCCCGCCUCGCUCAGACCCCUCCUCCGACCAGAGGAUGAGCGCCACGGGCUUCGAGGAGACCGACCUCACCUACCAGGUGUCCGAGGCCGACGGCUGCUCCGAGGCCGCCAAGGACCUGAUCAAACCAGCGUUCACCGUGUCCAGCCCCCCCGGCACCACCCAGACCUCCUGCUGCUCCACGGUCCAGGUGCAGACCAGCGCCCCCUCCUGGCAGCCGCCCUCCUCCUCCAACGGGACGGUGCUGAAGACGUCGGCCGGCGUCGUGCUUCCCGGAGGCUUCACCUUGAUGUCAGGUAACCCUCUGCCCCCCGGCGCACACACCAUCCCCCUCAGCCAGCUGCAGGGCCAGCCUCUAGCCAUCCAGGGCCCCGUGGCCCCGGGCCCCGCUGCCAAGCUGCUCGCUCCCCACACACAGCCGACCACGCUGCUCCGCCUCCCCGCCACCGUGUCACUGUCAGGAGGCGGAGUUUCUCAGCAGCUACAGACCAUCCAGGUUCAGCACAGCGGUCAGCAGACCUCCACCAAUCAGAGCAGCUCAGACAUCCACAUCCCCGCCUCCUCCACAGCCGGCCUCCCUGCCUGCAUCGUCUCCUCCUCCUCCUCGCCCUCCUCCUCCUCCUCAGUGACAGGUCACAUGAUGUAUCCCGGCGGGCACACGGUGAUGUACGCCGCACCGACGUCCUCGCUGGCCGACGGCAGCCUCGCCGUGCUCAACACCUUCCCUCCGACGGGCCACGCCCAGUCACAUGACCCCGCUUCUCUCCCGCAGGUCUUCCUCACCUCGCUGCCUCCGGUCGGCGCCCAGAUCCCCGUUUCUGCAGUCCAGCUGCACCCGAUGCUCAUCAGUCAGCAGAGCAGCAGUAACCUGACGGAGCUGCAGGUCGUCAGUCUGGACGUCCACCAAUCAAAAGACGACUGACGGUCAGGUGACGGUCAGGUGACGGUCAGGUGACCUCCUCUGGACUCAUGGACUCUUGUUUUGUUUUUGUUUCCUGCGGUCGGUUUGUUUACUUUUCUUUGUUGUCGUCAUCAUGUAAACAACAGCAUCUCAGACAGGAAGUGACCUACAGUCAGCGAGCUUUCCACAAUAAAGUGUGAGGAAACAUU